CCAGAGAGGGGGGUAAAGGCACUAUUACAGCCACAGAAUCAGUGGAGAAGAUGGGGGUCAGCAACUUUCUCUGUCUGGCUGCUCUGGCUAUAGCAUUCUCCCUACCUAACGUAUCUGAUGGAGCUGCACUAUAUGUGUUGUCAGCUCCUAACCUGCUGAGAGUUGGUAGUAAUGAAAACAUCUUUGUGGAAUCUCAGGACUAUACAGGAGGCAACCAGAAUGUUAGGAUCAUAGUGAAGAACCACCCGACCCAAAACAAAGUGCUCGUCUCUAAAUCAGUGGAACUAAAUCCAGCCAACAACUUCCAAGCUCUGACACAAGUGGUCAUCCCAGAGGGCGACCACUUCUCGGACGACACCAAGCAGAAGCAAUAUGUGGUCCUGCAGGCUCAGUUCCCUGACCGCGUACUGGAGAAGGUUGUUUUGGUCUCCUUCCAGUCUGGAUACAUUUUCAUCCAAACUGACAAGACCAUUUACACACCGGCCAGCACUGUCUACUACAGAGUGUUUUCUAUGAGCCCUAGCUUGGAGCCCCUGACCAGAGACCUCUUCAAGGACAAGGAGAUCGCUGACAAAAAAGAGAUUGCAGUCUCUGUAGAGAUCAUGACUCCUGAGAACAUCACUAUCUUCAGGGAGAUUGUCAACCCAGACAAGGGAGUCAAAUCUGGACAGUUCAAACUCCCUGAGAUCGUCAGCUUUGGAACAUGGCAUGUGGUCACAAGGUUCCAGAGCACUCCUCAGAAGACCUUUUCAUCCGACUUUGAGGUUAAAGAAUAUGUUCUACCCAGCUUUGAGGUUAGUCUGAACCCAUCCAAAAUCUUCUUCUAUGUUGACGAUGAUGCCUUAACCAUUGAAAUCACUGCCAAAUAUCUAUAUGGUAAGGAGGUGACAGGGACAGCCUAUGUGGUGUUUGGGGUCAUCACUACAGAUAACGAGAAGAAGAGCUUACCUGGCUCUCUGCAGAGAGUAGAGAUCAACAAUGGUAAAGGAGAGGCUUUUCUAACCAAAAACCACAUCACACAGACUUUCAAUGACAUCCACAAGCUGGUCAAACAGUCCAUCUAUGUAUCAGUCAGUGUAUUAACAGAGAGUGGGGGUGAGAUGGUGGAGGCAGAGAGAAGAGGGAUUGAGAUUGUGACUUCACCAUAUACCAUCCUCUUCAAGAGAACACCCAAAUACUUUAAACCUGGCAUGCCCUAUGAUGUGUCUGUAUACGUUACAAAUCCGGACAACACCCCAGCCAGUGGAGUGGAGAUUGAGGUGUCUCCAGAUAAUGCAAAAGGAAUGACCAGGCUCAAUGGAUUUGCCAAAGUAACACUCAAUACUGUUUCAUCAGCAACUGAAUUGAAGAUCACUGUAAAAACCAACGAUCCAACUCUUCUACCCACCAGACAGGCACAGGCCAGCAUGACAGCUUUACCCUACCGGACUACCACUAAGAACUUCCUCCAUGUUGGGGUUGACUCUAACGAGCUUAAGAUUGGAGACCCUAUUAAGAUCAACUUGAAUCUGGGACCUGUACCUAUACAAAAUCAUGAUCUUACAUACAUGAUCCUGAGCAGAGGUCAGCUGGUGAAGGUGGGCAGGUUCAAGAGGCAGGGUAAUGCUCUGGUGUCACUUUCGGUACCCGUCUCAAAGGAGAUGCUUCCGUCAUUCCGUAUUGUAGCGUACUACCAUGUGGGAACAGCUGACCUGGUGGCAGAUUCUGUCUGGGUGGAUGUCAAGGUUUCCUGUAUGGGUACACUGGAAGUGAAGACAACCGUACCCAAGGCAUCCUAUGAGCCUCGGAAAGCUUUCAGUCUGACCAUCACUGGAGACCCAGGAGCUAAAGUAGGACUGGUGGCUGUAGACAAGGGAGUCUAUGUACUCAACAACAAACAUCGUCUCACACAAGCCAAGAUCUGGGAAACUAUUGAGAAACAUGAUACAGGUUGUACAGCUGGAGGAGGAGCAGACAGCAUGGGGGUUUUCUAUGAUGCUGGUCUGAUAAUGGAGACCAAUACCGCGAAAGGGACUGGAAUCAGAACAGACCCUAGCUGUCCUGUCAGUGCCAGGCGGAGGCGUGCAGUAACCAUCGGUGAUGUCAUUACUAGUAUGUCCAGUAAGUAUAGUGGUCUGGCCAGAGAAUGUUGUGUGGAUGGAAUUAAGGACAACAAGAUGGGAUACACCUGUGAGAGACGGUCCCAGUUCAUCACAGACGGAGAUGUAUGCAUGAAAGCCUUCCUCGAAUGCUGCAAAGAGAUGGUCUCCAAGAAGGCAGAAUUCAAAUACGAAGCACUGAAGCUCGCCCGCAGUGAAGAGGAGGAUGAUGGGGAGUAUAUGAAUACUGAAGACAUUGUGUCCCGUAGUCAGUUCCCUGAGAGUUGGAUGUGGGAGGACUUUAUUAUUCCCGAAUGUCCUGCUAAUGACAAGAACUGUGUGACCAGAUCUGUAACAAAGCACAACUUCCUGAAAGAUUCCAUCACCACCUGGCAGGUAACUGCAAUCAGCCUGUCUAAAACUCAUGGUAUCUGUGUGGCAAAUCCAUUUGAGAUUAUUGUUUUGAAGGAAUUCUUCAUCGACCUUAAGCUACCCUACUCUGCCGUUCGCAAUGAACAGCUGGAGGUUAAAGCAAUCCUUCACAACUACAGUGAAGACCCCAUCACUGUGCGUGUGGAGCUGAUUGAGAAUGGUGAGGUGUGCAGCUCAGCCAGUAAGAAGGGUAAGUACAGACAGGAAGUGAACAUGGACCCUAUGUCCACCCGGGCUGUCCCAUAUGUCCUCAUCCCAAUGACACUGGGUAUGCACUCCAUUGAGGUCAAAGCUUCUGUAAAAAACUCUGGCAGCAAUGACGGAGUGAAGAGAGACCUGCGUGUCGUGGCUGAAGGAGUGCUGGUAAAAAAGGAAAACAAUGUUCUCCUGAACCCUGCUAAACAUGGUGGUGAUCAGACGGCACAUAUACCCAGUGGAGUGCCCAGGAACCGGGUGCCAAACUCUAAUGCCGACACAUUGAUCAGUGUAACGGGUGGACAGCAAACCAGUGUGCUUGUGGAGCAGGCCAUUAGUGGAAAUUCUCUGGGUAGUCUCAUAGUUCAACCAAUUGGCUGUGGGGAACAGAACAUGAUCUACAUGACCCUGCCUGUCAUUGCUACACACUACCUGGACAAGACCAACAAGUGGGAAGAUAUUGGCCUUGAUAAACGAAACAAAGCCAUCCAGUAUAUCAACACAGGUUAUCAACGUGAACUGGCCUACCGCAAACCAGAUGGCUCCUAUGCUGCUUGGAUCAGCAGACAGAGCAGCACCUGGCUAACAGGCUAUGUAGCAAAGGUCUUUGCCAUGUCCAGUACUUUGGUCAGUAUUCAAGAGAAUGUGCUCUGUAGUGCCGUCAAGUGGCUGAUCCUAAACACUCAACAGCCAGACGGUCUUUUCAAGGAAUCUGCUCCAGUCAUUCACUCAGAAAUGACAGGUAAUGUGGGGGGAUCCGAUUCUGAUGCCUCCAUGACAGCCUUUGUUCUAAUUGCCAUGCAAGAGGCAAAAUCACUAUGUGAGCAGACUGUCAACAGUUUACCAGGCAGUAUGGUUAAGGCAGUAACUUACCUGGAGAAGCGUUUGAACCACCUGACAAACCCCUAUGCUGUAGCUAUGACCUCGUAUGCUCUGGCUAAUGCAGGGAAACUCAACAAGGAGAUUCUGAUGAAGUUUGCCUCGCCACAGCUUGACCACUGGCCAGUCCCUGGUGGUCACACAUUCACUCUGGAAGCCACAUCAUAUGCUUUACUUGCUCUGGUCAAGGUGAAAGCAUUUGAAGAGGCUGGGCCCAUUGUUAAGUGGCUCAACACACAAAAGAAGGUGGGAGGUGGAUACGGAUCUACACAGGCCACCAUCAUGGUGUUCCAAGCUGUGGCUGAAUAUUGGACCCAUGUGAAGGACCUGAAGGACAUUGACCUGAACAUCAACAUUGAGGUGGCUGGCAGGGCAUCAGUCACUAAGUGGUCAAUCAACAACAAAAAUCAAUUCCACACUCGUACAGAUAAAGUAAAUUCCAUAGACAAGGACUUAACUAUUAAAGCCUCAGGAAAUGGUGAGGCAACAGUUUCUGUGGUGACACUGUACUAUGCCCUGCCAGACGUAAAGUCCAGUGACUGUGAAAGCUUUGACCUCACUGUCACUCUCACUAAGGAGGACAAAACAAGCCAUCAGGAUGCCAAGGAGUCAUUCAUGCUUACUAUUGAAAUGUUGUAUCGUAACAAUGAGAGAGAUGCAACAAUGUCCAUCCUAGACAUCGGCUUGCUGACUGGCUUUAUUGUAGACACAGGCGAUUUGACUCAGUUGUCAAAGGGGAGGGAACGCUACAUAGAGAAGUUUGAGAUGGACCGUGUUCUGUCUGAAAGAGGCUCUCUCAUUAUAUAUCUGGAUAGGGUUUCCCAUAAGCUAGCAGACAGAAUAUCCUUUAGGAUCCACAGAGUCCAGGAUGUUGGAGUUCUUCAGCCAGCCGCCAUCUCUUUAUAUGAAUACUACAACCAAAAGCGUUGUGUGAAGUUCUACCACCCAGAGAGGGAGGGCGGGGCUCUAAGCAGACUGUGUCUUGGAGAAGUGUGUACUUGUGCAGAAGAGAGAUGCACUAUGCAGAAGAAAAAUGAGCUAGAUGUUAAACGCAUAGACAAAGCCUGCGACGCAGGACUGGAUUUUGUUUACAAAGCUACGGUUGUGGACUUAAAGCUGACAUCACAUACUGAUACUUACACCUUAAAGAUCGAUGAGGUAGUAAAGCCAGGCACUGAUGAGGGAGUGGAUGGCAGGAAUCGGGACUUUAUUGGACUUUCUUACUGUCGAAAGGCUGUUGAUCUAAAGCAGGGGAAAAAAUACAUGAUCAUGGGGAAGUCUGCAGACAUGUACAAAGUGGAGGAGGAUGGACAACUGAAGUACAAGUAUGUCCUGGGAGAAAAGACAUGGAUAGAAUACUGGCCCACAGAAUCUGAGUGCACAACCAGAGACUACAGAGACAUCUGUCUGGGCAUCGAUGAAUUCAUCAACCAGAUAUCAACCUUUGGCUGCCCUGUCUAGUUUCUGAUCUUAUUUGGGUGCAUUUACAUUUUUGUAACACAUGUUCCUUGUUCUGUCGUAAACCAAUUUAAAAAUGAGAGUGAAUGCAAGGGUUUUUGAAAUUCUUUGUUGGAAAUUGAUCAGUCUACAGUAUACUAUGUACACAAUACAAUAAAACUGAUGUUUUUAAAAUACCCCAUGUUGAUGGUACAUAUAGAUAUGUCAGAUUGAUGCCAGGUACAUUAUCUGCUAGAUUCUGUAUGCAACAUUUACAUAAAAAACUGAAAAGGAAGUUCUGAAUUUCUGUGUAAUUUCUUUAUAUGAAAAUCAACUGUCCCAACCAAACACAGUCAUGCAAUUUUGGAAAAUUAUGGGUGAGGACAUCCGCAAAUCAUACAACAUUUCUUUCAGUACAAACAUCACUGAAAACCUUAUCAGUUCAAAGUAAAAUAUUGAUAGUAUGAUAAUAAAAUGUAUCUGUAUCUUUUUCAACAGGGGCAUUUUAUCAAACUGUCCCAGAGUUUAGGUCAG